GUUACCCAAAUGCUGAAUGUAUUCUGUACAUCAUGAAUAUGUCAAAUGAGGAGGAUGAGAUCGUGCAAAUACUGCCGUGCUAUUCGAUAAUAGAGCGUCGAAGUCGUCAGGAUAAUCCAAACUUCCCCUACCGAGUUCAACCCCCUAUACAUCCAAUACGUGGGGGUCACACGGCAGUACGGCAUGGCGAAAAUUCCAAUGAUGCCGUGGACCAUCACGGGGGUCAAUUAUUGGUGAUGAACAUGGACGUCACGGCACCUCACAUUGUGCAUAGUUUAUAUGGAGAAAGUGCGGAAGCAGGAUGUUCGGAUGGUCUUCAAUAUUCAUCCGCAUUCUGCAAGAACUACGCAGAAGAAAUGGCUGCUAACCAAAGGUCCUGGUGGAACCGGAAUUUCCGCCCACACUAUCAACCUCGCCAGUCCACUGAGAUAUGGGAAACUGCGGAUAGGUUUCCAACCUCAAGUCGACCGAUUUGUCCUUGCAGUAGCUGUGUAUCGCCUCGAGACUCAGUAUCUAUCUUCGAUGACGUUGGCCAACCAAGAUUCCGUGAUUCCUACGAUGAACGGGACGCACUUGGCCGAAAAGUCAGAGGCAUCACCCCCAGAGGCUGGUUUCGAGGAUCCCGGGGACCAUGGAACGAAAGUUCAACCGCCAUUCCUUUGACUGGCGAUUUGGCCGAGUUGGACACCUUAGACGUGGACCUGGCAGCAGAGCAUGCUCGCAUCACCACUGAGCUUUCAGCCGUCCGAAAGCUUCGGCGUUACCAUUUAGACAUGAUGGUCAGCGCGCAGGCGUACAAUGAUGGUGUAAUUGCACACAUCUUGCGUGGCCAUGAAAGGUUGAAGGUACAAGAAGGAGGUCUGAUCAGUCAGCUCGACGACAUCGAACGAGGAAUGGACGAUGUCGAUACAACCAAUGCGUCAGAAACAUAUGAGUUCUCCAACUUCAGGCACGAAUCAAUCUUGCCAGACGAGAUUUACCCUCACAACAACCAGCCCAACAUCUUUGCAACUCCGGGGGUAUAUUCUCUCAAUACAUACGAUGACCAUCUGAAGGAUCAGAAUCCAAUCUCUGACCUCGAGGCAGAAAAGACACUCAAGCAAUACAACCAGAAAUGGCUUGCUAUACAAGAGCGGUCAAACAAACACUCGCUUCCCCCUGGCGGCCUAAACCUCAUACCUUGGCCCACAGAAUCGCCGAACUUUGACCAUCACCACUUGGACGUGGAGCCUCCAGGAACAAUACCCGGUGAGCUAGGCAAGGAAGAGUUAUGGAAGUGGAACACGUACAGAUUCUUUUGCUACCUGUUCGGGCUUAUCCCUAUCUACCAUGGCCAGAGGGAGACAGGUGACAACUUCGGGUUCAUGUUCCCAGAAACAAGCACAGGAAGGAAGGAGGAAAUCAGCAAGGUGAAACGCUUGCGUCAACAACUCAAAUUGGAGAAGGUUAGGUGGCACGAGGAUAGGAUGACCGCUCUCUUCGGAGCGGCCGCAGCCACUGACGACCGGGUCAAGGCCGUCUGGGGCGCAAUCAUGGAUUUGAGAGCGAAGGUGGACCAGGAGUUGGCUGACACGCCAGAUAUGUAGUGCGCUCGAGGUUUGGGAAGGGUUGGGCUCCUAUUCUUCUUCUUCUUCUUCUUCUUCGCUUUUCAGUUCAUCACUAGGACAUAAUAUUAUGCCCUAUAUCCAUCUAUAAACUGCAUGAGAACCUUAUUGCAACAGCGAAACUCUUCUUCGUCGAUAAACCCUUCAUUCUUAACGCACUUCAAUCAAUCCCCCCCACACACACGUUUAGCUUUUCCAGAAUUCGCUACUGAAAAAUAUCCAUGCCAUGCC